AUGGAAGCACCACUAUGUGUCACCGUCCUCCUAGCCACCAACAUCCACUGCGCAUCAUGCGUCACCUUUGUCAAGGAGACGCUCGCGUCUUGUCGCUCGAUCCAGAGCGUCGAUGUCACCAUCCUACACCAAGAAAUCCGUGUCGUCCAUGCGCCCGAGAUGACCGCCUCGGAGCUCGCCAGAAUGCUGAUCGAUGCCGCCUUCGAAGUCCAGCUGGCCACAACCAGAAACGAAUCUGGCGCUGUGCUGGAAGUCAUCGACACGUCUUCCUGGAUCACAUACCCCAGGGACGUGGUCUCGCCCUUGCUGCUCUCGCCGGGUGGAAGCGCCGGCAAGACGGCGGCCCGCGAGCGAGGAAUGUACGACCUGCAGCGCCGAAAGCACAUUGAGAACUGCGAGGCGUGUCAACACGAGCAGUCCGACGAGAAAUGGGAUGACCAUCCGAAGAUGGGAGAGCUCGACAAGAAAUCGAAUCAUCACACGUUGAACUCGGUUUAUGUGGAGCAGCGGCCGAGAAAACCAGACCUGUUCAGCGCGCAGAUCAGUAUUUCUGGCAUGACAUGUGCCGCGUGUGCGAAUUCGGUGACGGAGACGGUGAAUAAACUGGACUUUGUCAAGGAUGCGUCGGUUACGCUGUUGACGAAUAGUGGCGUGCUGACUUUUUACGGUCCAAAGGAAAAUGCGGACAAGAUCAUUGACGAGAUUGAGAGCACGGGGUUUGAAGCGGCCGUUGAGAGCGUCGUCCAAGUGUCGUCAGGGGCAGAGGCUGAAGCUUGUUCAGAGUUUGAAGCUCACUUCAGCAUUUCCGGCAUGAGCUGUGCCUCUUGCGUGAAUUCGAUUACCCGUCAGCUCAAGCAGCUUGAGCCAGUUAAAGAGGCCACCGUGAGUCUGGUCACCAACAGCGCCAGUGUUCUUUUCGUCGGCGAGGAGUCGUACACCGGAACUAUUCGUGGUGAAAUCGAGGAUCUCGGCUUUGAGGCUUCUCUUGAGGAUAUUACACCCAAAAAUAAUGAUCGUAAUGAUCGACGUCCUGUUUUCGACCAAUACAUUGCAAAUAUCAGCAUCGGCGGCAUGAGCUGCGGCGCCUGCGUCGGCAAAAUCACACAGGGUUUGAAAGAGCUACCUUGCGUCAAGGAUGUCGUUGUGGAAUUACUUUCCAACAGCGCGACAGUGACUUUUGACGGAAAAGACAACCUGGCUAUGAUUCUGGAGGAGAUUGAGGAUUUCGGUUACGAAGCAAGAGCUAUUGAUUGCAAUCUUCUCAAGCAAGACUUAUCAGCACAACCUCAAGCUCGUACCGUGAUGAUUCGCGUUGACGGCAUGUUCUGCCACCACUGUCCCGAGAAAGUCUUGUUGUCGCUUCAUGAACUCGACGAGAGUAUCGAGAUAGUCCAGGGCCCUUCGCAAAAUGAUCCAAUAGUCAAAGUGACAUACAUGCCCAAUGCACCGAAACUAACAAUUCGAACAAUCAUCUCCACUAUUGAUUCGUCCCACCACGCUUUCAAAGCGACCAUCUACCACCCUCCAUCUAUCGAGGAUCGCUCCAGGGAGAUCCAGCUCCGCGAGAGACGUCGGUUUCUUUCUCGUUUGCUCUUUGUGUUUAUCGUCGCCAUUCCAACCUUUAUUAUCGGUAUCGUCUUCAUGUCUCUUGUCCCCGCGACGGACCCUGUUCGACGGUACUUGUCUAGACCUAUCCGGGGCGGAAAAGUGUCGCGGAUGGAAUGGGCUAUGUUAAUCAUGACCACGCCUGUGAUGUUUUACGGCGCAGAUCUUUUUCAUAUUCGGGCCUUGAAAGAGAUUCGAGCUCUAUGGCGUCCGGGUAGCAAGGUGCCGAUUCUGCGUCGGUUUGUCAGGUUUGGUAGCAUGAAUCUAUUGAUAUCUGCGGGGACGCUGGUUGCGUACUUGGCAUCGUUGGCUGUACUGAUUGCCGGCGCCACGGUGAAAUCAUCCGGAACUGAGAACGUGCCGACCUACUUUGACACUGUUACGUUUCUGACAUUGUUCAUCCUUGCUGGUCGGUCUCUCGAGGCAUACAGCAAGUCGAGGACCGGCGACGCUGUGUCGGCCUUGGGUAUGCUUCGACCAAAUGAAGCUUUGCUAGUGAAACCAGCAACCGUGGAUUCUUCAGACCGCGAAGGCUCCAACUCGAUCGAGCGAAUUUCCGUUGAUUUAUUAGAAGUCGGCGAUAUAGUCAACAUCCCGCAUGGCGCUUCUCCCCCAGCAGACGGCUUGGUCAUGAGUUCUGGCAAGUAUCAAUUCGACGAGAGCUCCUUGACUGGAGAAUCAAAACCAAUCUCAAAAUUGGCCGGUGAUCAGGUGUACUCUGGUUCUGUCAAUGUCGGCCAGCAGGUCUCGGUCAAAGUGACCGGUUUAGGGGGUGCCUCUAUGCUCGAUAAAAUCAUCAGUGUUGUCCGAGAGGGCCAGGGCAAACGGGCGCCCAUGGAGCGCGUUGCAGAUAUGAUCGUGGCUUACUUUGUCCCCAUCAUCACGUUCAUUGCCAUUCUCACAUUUCUCAUCUGGCUCUCACUCGGCCAGUCUGGGUCACUUCCGCUUGGAUAUCUAGACGACAACUCUCUGGGGAGCUGGGCAUUCUGGAGCUUGCAAUUUGCCAUUGCAGUCUUUGUCGUAGCGUGCCCUUGCGGACUGGCUCUAGCUGCACCUACAGCACUCUUUGUCGGCAUCGGGCUCGCUGCGCAACGCGGUAUUCUGGUGCGAGGCGGCGGCGAGGCUUUCCAAGAAGCAACACGGCUCGAUGCAAUCGUCUUUGACAAGACCGGCACUCUGACCGAGGGUGGAAGCCUCAAGGUCUCUGAUCACGAUGUUCUUGACAGCGAUCCGGAAAAGCUUCUGGUAGCCUGGGCUCUGGCGCGCGAGUUGGAACAGACCAGCAGCCAUCCAAUUGCGAGAGCGAUUGUAGAGUUUUGCGCCUCGCAGUCUUCUGACUCGAGUCGUUUGUCGGUGAUGUCUUCUGAUAUCAUCGAAAUACCGGGCCAGGGAAUGAAAGGCACAUUUGAGCUAUCCAUCGACGGGGGCCAACCUGUCUCGUAUGAAGCUGCCAUUGGCAACGAGCGUCUUGCGAGUACCGUCACCCAACAGCAACCAUCAGGCCUGGGCUUGGGCUUAGAUCAAGCCUCAUCAUCCUCUUACUGGUUUUCCAACCUGCUAUCCUCAUACCAGUCCUCUGGAAAGUCCACCGCCAUACUCCUCCUCCGCAAGCUGUCGACAGAAGACAACAACCCAUUUUCCCCGGUUGUCAUCUUCGCAACAUCCGAUCCCAUCCGUCCUGAAUCGCCCCAUGUGAUUUCCGAACUCCAAAAACGCAAUAUCGCCGUGUACAUGUGCACAGGCGACAACGAAAAGACUGCACACGCGGUAGCAUCAGGACUGGGAAUCCCAUCUUCCAAUGUCGUCGCCAACGUGAUGCCUGCGCAAAAGGCAGAGUUUAUUCACACCAUCCAGGCCCAAACAUCGCUAUCCUCUUCAAGCAAAAACCCAAAAAGAAAAGUAGUUGCCUUUGUUGGCGACGGCACAAACGACUCGCCCGCGCUGGCCGCGUGUGAUGUGAGCAUCGCCAUGGCCUCUGGCUCCGACGUGGCCAUUUCCUCGUCGUCGUUUAUCCUGCUUAAUUCAAACCUAAACACUAUCUUUGAACUUGUGCUGUUGUCGAAGCGCGUGUUUAACCGUAUCAAGAUGAACUUCGUCUGGGCUGCGGUGUACAACGUCAUUUUGGUGCCUGUUGCGGCUGGCGUGUUUUAUCCGAUUGCUAAUGGGACCAAGGAGGUUAGCAGUGCUGGGCAUGGAACAGUCAGUGUUGAUGGCCAUUGGAGGUUGGACCCGGUUUGGGCGUCUUUGGCGAUGGCGUUGAGUAGUGUCAGUGUAGUCGCCAGCAGUCUGGCACUGAGGAUCGAGUGGAAGGGUUUACGAAAUUUGAUUAAUAAGAUGCUGAGAAAGAACUAG